CUUCUACAUAUCUAAAUGUUUGUAUCUGUGUUCUACAGGACCCCCACAUUGACUACAUGGGGCACCGUAGGCGCUGUGGGAUUGGUAUGGGCCACAGAUUGGAGAUUGAUCCUUGACUAUGUUCCCUACAUUAAUGGCAAGUUUAAGAAAGAUGAGUAAACUGCUGUUCUUCCCUCUAAUGGAACCAUGGGCUGGACUGGGUGUAUUGGAUCCAUUCUUCCUCCUGGAGACCCUAGUCUGAUGUGAAUUUGAAAUGCUCAUUGUGGACUUCAGAAGAGGCCGUGAUGUUACUUAAUCUCUACUGAACAGUUAUGAACAGUCACAUUUGAUUUAACAUGCUGGCUGCACAAAUAUGUGAAUAUGCUUCUGGGUUACUUUCACAGAAGGUCUCAUUCUGAUGAGCUGAAUUCAUAAAACAGAUGUACAAAAUAAAUUCUAAACUGAA